UUGUCCUUUUCCAGACUUCUUUGUGCCAACUAAAUCUCUCCGAGACAACAUGACACGGUCACUGAGGAAUAUAUACCUUUCAACGUAGCCUAUACUAUACAAUUUGGACAAGCAACUAUCUGACACUUUCUUUCUUAUGGACUUUGUUUUUCAACUUUCCAAAUAUUGCAUUUCCAGCAGGAGUCUUUGAUACCACUGAAGGCACUGUUUGCAGAGCCAGCGUUUGACGUCAGGACUCUGUUGGACGUAGAGGCACAGCCAUGGUGCUGAUCCUGGGCCGGAGGCUGAACCGGGAGGACUCGGGGGUGCGCGACUCCCCUGCAGUGAAGCGCAAGGUGUUCGACGUGGACUCUAAGAACCUGAGCGGCCAUGACGAUGCGUUCGACUUCUGCUCGGGCGGCCUGCAUGGCGAGGGCAUUUUGCAGGCCUUCAACGAGUUCCGCGACAACCGCCUCUUCACUGAUGUGGUGAUCUGCGUGGAGGGCCGGCAGUUCCACUGCCACCGUGCCGUGCUCUCGGCCUGCAGCAGUUACUUUCGUGCCAUGUUCUGCAACGACCACCGCGAGAGCCGCGAGAUGCUGGUGGAGAUCAAUGGCAUCCUGGCCGAGGCCAUGGAGACCUUCCUGCAGUACGUCUACUCAGGCCGUGCCAAGAUCACCACACACAACGUCCAGUACCUCUUCGAGACCUCCAGCCUGUUCCAGAUCUUCCCGUUGCGUGACGCCUGCGCCAAGUUCCUGGAAGAUCAGCUGGACCCGUGCAACUGCCUGGGCAUUCGCCGCUUCGCCGACACCCACUCCCUCAAGCAGCUGGCCAGUCGCUGCCGCGCCUACACCCUGCAGAACUUCGCAGACGUGGCGCAGCAUGAGGAGUUCCUAGACCUGCGCAAGGAGGAGCUGGAGGAGUACAUCGCCAGUGACGAGCUGACCAUCGGCAAGGAGGAAAUGGUGUUCGAGGCGGCCAUGCGCUGGGUGUACCACAGCACGGCCGAGCGCAAGACCGUGCUCAAAGAACUGCUCCAGCACGUGCGCCUGCCGCUGCUGCACCCCAACUACUUUGUCCAGACGGUGGAGGGCGACCAGCUCAUCCAGGUGGACCCCGACUGCUACCAGCUGCUGCACGAGGCCCGGCGCUACCACGUGCUGGGCAACGAGAUGAUGUCCCCCAGGACCCGGCCACGCAGGUCCACAGGCUUCUCAGAGGUGAUUGUGGUGGUGGGAGGCUGUGAGAGAGUGGGCGGUUUCAACCUGCCCUACACCGAGUGCUACGACCCCGUCACGGGCGAGUGGAGGUCUCUGGCCAAGCUGCCCGAGUUCACCAAGUCGGAGUAUGCAGUCUGCGCCCUCAGGAACGACAUCCUGGUCUCAGGUGGCCGCAUCAACAGCAGGGAUGUGUGGAUGUAUAACUCGCAGCUCAACCUGUGGAUCCGAGUGGCCUCCCUCAAUAAGGGGCGUUGGCGUCACAAGAUGGCAGUCCUCCUGGGGAAGGUGUAUGCUGUAGGAGGCUAUGACGGGCAGUGCCGCCUGAGCAGCAUGGAGUGCUACGACUCCUUUUCCAACCGCUGGACGGAGGUGGCCCCCAUGAAGGAGGCCGUCAGCUCACCGGCCACAGCCAGCUGCGCGGGCAAGCUCUUCGUUAUCGGGGGUGGGCCCGACGACUACAACUGCUCAGACAAGGUCCAGUGCUAUGACCCAGAGACGGACAGCUGGUUGCUGAGGGCCAACAUCCCCAUCGCCAAGCGCUGCAUCACUGCCGUCUCCCUGAACAACCUCAUCUACGUGGCCGGUGGGCUGACCAAAGCCAUCUACUGCUACGACCCGGCGCAGGACUACUGGAUGCACGUGGCCAGCACCUUCAACAAACUGGAGAGCUGUGGCAUGUCUGUGUGUAACGGGAAGAUCUUCAUCCUGGGCGGUCGGGGUGAGACGGGCGAGGCCACGGACACCAUCCUGUGCUACGACCCGGCCUCUGGCAUCAUCACCGGCGUGGCCGCCAUGCCCCGGCCCAUCUCCUACCACGGCUGUGUCACCAUCCACCGCUACAACGACAAGUUCCACCGGCCUUGAUAACAGCACUAAACACACACACACACACACACACAUAAACACAUUAAAAUAACCUAGGACUCAGAAACACACAUGUAAAGAUACAAUAAUGGACCCAUUUUCAUGUAUAUAGAAAAAAAAACUAGAAUCCACAUGUACAGUGACACAAAUACAUAAAGUAAUUUCUUCACAAGCUCCUUGGAACUCAUUUACAGUUUAACUAUAUAUGCUCGGCUGAUUGCUCUCUCUUUCCUACAUGAUUGGCCUUCCUCAGAGUGGUCGGUACGCCUCACCUUUGUACGAUGGCGCACAGCUCAGCACACCAGCACGCUCACAGGUCAAAAGGUCAUGUUUCCCAUAAGCCCAGAGACUAAAAAUGAAUCCUUAUCGCCCUCAUAAAGGACAAUGACCUGUUCUUCGGAACAGGCCGAAUAGUGAGGGUGACUAUGAAAGGUAUCAUUACUUUCCUCAUCUCGGGUUGUUUGUAAUCAAAGCAGUAACGAGAGAACUAGGUUCCACCUGGUUCUACUGGGUUCUAGCAGCUGCCAGUGGGUUCUGGUAGUGUUGUUUCUCAAGGCACUGUUCUUUUCACAUGGCUCCUUAUUUUGUUAGUCAAUAUAUUUUACCCCCUCUCUUCCGUCAUUGUGUUUAUACCCUCAUGUUGUGAAGUAUGUGUUGAUUUUAUUGAUUUUUUUUUAUAUCAUCUUAAGUUAUGUUUUGUAAGCUAUUUUACUACGUGUAGCAUAAUUAGAUAUGGUAUUCAUGUGUAGAUGUUGUUUGUACUGACACUAGUUUAGAGUGUAAGGUAGAGACUGGGUGAGUGGUUGAGUGAUUUCUAUUUCUUUCUGUGGGACAAUUGUGAGACUGCACACAGGGCUUGCUUUCUGACAGGCUGACAUACCAAAAUUCAUUUGGUUCUGUAAUAUUCACUGACAAAAAGUUUCAUUAAGAACCUCAAUAACCUUUCUUGUUCAACAAGAAUGUGAAAGAACUCAACUUCCUGUAUAUGAACUUUACAUUUUGACACAUCUUUUACUGUUCUUAAGACUAAAAAUAACAACCUUCAUUCCUUCAUUGGAAGGAACUUUUAAGAUUCAAAGCCUGUAGCGCUCAAAGCCCUGGAGAACAGUAUUUAUUGAAUUGCUGUUUUCGCUCUGCAGAGAAACAAAAACUGUGUGUGGUGGAUGUAUCUUGCAGUAACCCACAUACAUAUAUACAGGUGUGCUUAGUAGUGAUGUAGUCUUGGUGUGGGCCUUGUUUGGGUGAUUGAUGAUGUCUGGUUAAUGAGGAUUGAAUGCGUUCUCAAUAACGGUCAGUAAAUGUAUUGCCGCUGGAAUAGAAUUGUAUUGCUGUGAAACAAUUUUUUUUUUUGUAUUUAAAUGUUUCUAUUUUGCAUUUUAAUACCAAUCGUGCCUUUUAAAUGUCCUUUCAAAACUUAAGAGCCCCAGUUAUGCACUUGUGUGGAUGGGAUCCAACUUAUUUCUUUUCUGAAUGUCAGGAUUGGAGAUGCAUAGAAGGCUUUCUUUUCAUUUUAUUUUAUUUACUUUCUGAUUUUCAAAUGUGUGUGUGUGUGUGUGUGUGAAGGAGGCACAGAGGAGGUCAAACAGCCUCCUCUUGAUCCAAUAGCCUGCCAGAAGAUGUGAACUGGCUAACAUCUGUACACGUUCAGGGACAUGACACCGCCACAGGAAUGUCUCAGGCCUAGUUGGAGCCGAGGGGAAAUAAGAGUCAGAGGCUCAUAGCACUACCAUGGAGCUGAAGCCAUAAUUAGCCCAGUUUAGCAGCGCCACACAUGCCAGCCUCCCCUCGUCAUCCACAGAUAGCGACAGGAAUGCUGGCACUGCUCACGGAAAUGUUGGAGCUCCUCUCUUGGGAAGAUCUCCAUACACACACACAAUACUGUAGAAAUACACAAAGACAAAGUGAUAAGAGAAACAUACAUGCACACACACAUACAAUGAGGAAAACAGUGAGAGAGGCAUAGACACACACACAGACAGAGUGAUAGAUAGUUUCAUGCACACACACACACUGUUGAGGUCUUUAGCCCCUGGAGACAGACUGCCUUUGGUGUGUGCUUACAUAUUGUAGCAUGCACACGUGAGAGGGCUAAAUGAGUCUGGUGGACUGUCAUCGUCACAGAGUUCAACCAACUAUUAGGGUGUCAGCAUUUUAUGACUAAUAAAACACCUUUUUUUUUUUUUUUUUUUUUUUUCGUUGUUCUUGCCUUUCAUUGAUUUUGCUUAUUUUUUGUGUUUUUAGGGUUGUGGAAAUGUGUGUGUGUGUGUGGUGUGUUUGUGACUUGUUUUUUUGUAAGGGUGAUAUUUUGUUUUGGGAAGGAUUGAGUGUGAUCCUCACCUCCGAUUUAUUUGCUGGCCAACUACAUGUGUAGGGCUGCAUGGUUAAGGCUUUAAUCAAGAGCAUCAGGCAUGAGCACGUGCUGUCAUAUCACCAGGAACCAAGUCAGUCAGAGCUGCCUUUAGUCUGGGGAGACUACUGGACAGUUGUUUGGAGUGAUGGAGCGCGUGGGAUGAGGGAAGGAGUGUAUGAAUGGGUGACCUAGUGUAAAAUUAGUGCCUUUUCCUUGUGCGAAUGGACAUUUUUAUCAUGUAGUCGUGGAAAAUGGUGUGGUAUACCAGAGAUAACUGCAGGGUGUGGAAAUCUAGAAAUGAUGUAAGCAUAAGAACUCAGAGGGCCUGGUGCGCCAGCUUCCUGCACAAUGCUAAAUUUAUGGAUUUAUGGAGUAGUGUUAUUCAUAUCAUGCACUCAUGCACAGCACUUGUCAGCCAAAUAGAAAAGAGCCCUGAACCAGACAGUGCGUAAAAUGUGCCUCAGAGAUCUUGUGUUGAAAUGGAACGAUCAAUUUGAGUGCCUUUGUUAUCUCUCUUUAACAUGCCUGAUGAUUGACUUCUUUGCUAAUUGUUUUGUUUUUUCUUUCUGACAGGUAUGUUUGUAAUGCUACAAUAAAGCCUGUUUGUAUGCAAAUAA